AUGGGAAUCAAAGACCUCCCAAACGAGCUCCUAAUCGACAUUCUCGAGCUCGUGGUAGAAUCAAAAGCGCGCGAUUCCAUCAAAACUGCAUCUACCAAAGCCCAGAACAUCCUACCACUAAUCUACGCAUCAAAGCAUUUCCACAUUAUUAGCGAAGUGAUUUUAUAUCGGAUGGUCCGACUGGCGAGUCUGAACAGCCUAACCAAGUUCCUCCGUACGGUGCUCGCUCGACCGAGUUUGGGCUUGCUCGUUCAAAGGAUCGAGCUUAAGAAUAUAAAAGAUCCCGAUAAAAUCUCGACAGGGACGAAAGUGCGACAACAGAUGCGUAUUCUCCGGAACCAGUUUCCCGGGACAAAAGAACUCGAGGCUGUUAAACAGGCCGUGAAGACACACGGUCUGUCUUCCGCCGAAACGAGGACUUGGCUGUCGAAGAUCGAACAGAAACAUUGGUGGGCGAUCGCACCACUAGUGAUAUUUGUUCUGCCGAAUGUAGACGAAGUGUAUAUUACCGAUUUCAACGUGGAUAUGAACAAGCCGUGGAUAUAUUUCAAGCAAGUCUUGUCAAGAAGUCAACGUACUGGAAAACUGAAAAGCCUCCGGAUUCAGCAUCUUUAUACGACCAAUGGUGAAUAUUUCGAACGUACCGAAGAAGAACCAUGUGUACAUUCAAUGAUUCUGGAUAUGCUCACCGACAUAGCUGUUGAUACCUUUGAAAUCAACAGAAUGCGGGCACCGCCCACCUGCGAGCUACGCAGCUACCGAGACGUCGAGUUUCGCGCCAGAGAUGCGCAAUACAAGAUAUUGACACCACAAGACGGCCAUCUUAGUCUGCGCUCGCUAAAGAUUGUACACAGCACUAUAGCCACCGAUUGUCUUCGAGACAUCUUACGACGGUGUCCUCUUCUAGAGGUCUUCCAUUUUGGACGUAGCCAGUAUAUCUACGAUCAGGUGUUUCGACCUCAGUACUUGGUGCAUUCGUUACGGCAUUUGAAACGGACUUUGAAGGAGUUGACUGUCUAUGGAUUACCAAAAACGUGGUCGUUAGAAGAGAGACCGGAUAUCCAGGAGUGCGAAUUGGCGAACCUAGGGUCUCUCACAGAAUUUGAGGCACUGAAAGAGCUUACGGUUUCGGAUCAUCUUCUGAUGGAACAAUAUCCGAUUGACAUCCGUAACAACAACCGUCUGGAGUGGCGUCCAACCGAAAAUCUACUUCUUUGCAAUCUCCCCAAAAGUUUGGAAACGCUGAGGAUCGUGGAAUGUGAUUUCAAACUUAUCGCUGAUCAAAUCAAAGAGUUGAUGAGUUGUGAAGCCGAAAAAGUGCCGAAGUUGAAGAAUAUUGUGAUAGCUCUGCAAUGGGAAAUGGAGAGAGGUCUUCGCGGGUCCGCCAAUGGGUUGGUUACGGAGGAUAUGUUGUGUUACGGCGUCUUUUAUCAGGGAAGAGGCUUUUUCAGAGGAAGGAGAAAAAGUCCGAGACUUGCAAAAAUAAAGGCUAAGGCAAAAGAAUUGGAAGCGUUGUGUAAAAAACACGGCGUGAAAAUGCGAAUUGGGGACAUUGUUACAGGCGAGGGAGUUGGAGGGCAGCAAUUCGUCUUGGUCACAUGGCCGAAAGUUUGA